UGUGUCGGCGUUGGUGUUCCGACUAUCCUGGGAUACACGGCGACCCAGCACUGGCGAAGGGCAUUGGCAUUGCGCGACAAUUCUCCGCAUUGGCUACUCGGAGUUCAUACUUUUCCUGUUUUGGGCACGCGUUUGCUGCCAAAUUUCGUCGAGCCCGUGUUAAGCUUCGUUGACUCGUCAUGAUGAACGUGGCCCGGCUUCGAUCUCUGCACAAAUGUGUUUGUAAUAUAAACAGGUAUGCUGUGCACAAGAGGCUACUCCCUGGUACCAGAUAUAUGAGCACAGAAGCAGCUACACUCACCACACCACCAUCUGACACUGAGGAAAAGGUGUACCCGGAGCGGGUGGAGCAGCUGGUGGCGGAAAUCUCGCGGAUGACGCUGCUGGAGGUGGCCGAGCUGAACGAGUGUCUCAAGAAGCGGCUCAACAUCGCAGACACGCCUGUCAUGAUGGCAGGGCCAGCGGCCGCCCCCGCCGCUGCAGAGGAGGAGGAGGCCGAGGAGCAGGUGGCGCAGAAAGGUGCAGACCAGCUUCACGGUCAAGCUCACUCCUUCGAUGCGGCCAAGAAGGUGCCGCUGAUCAAGGAGUUGAAGAGGCCUGCGUCCGAGGGCAUGAACCUGGUGCAGGCCAAGAAAUUCGUCGAGUCGGCACCGGCGGUGGUGAAGGCCGACGUCUCCAAGGCUGACGCCGAGAAGCUGAAGGAGAUUUUGGAGGCAGCGGGCGCCGUGUGUGUGAUAGAGUAGCGGCCCGCGCGCGCCGACACGUGACUGGAAGCGGGCCGCCGGCG